UAUCCGUUAUUUCAUGCCGUAAAUAUCAAAAGUAAAAUUACUUUGAAUUUAAUACGUUUCUGAUACGUACUGUCAAAAUCGUGCUCGCGGCACUGUUUAUUAACAGAAUUGUUGCCAAAAUUAAUAAAGUCGAGAUUAUAAAUACAUUAAAUGAUAUUAGGUUUUGGCUCCAGAUACAAACUUUUUUCGAGUUCCGUGCGUCCGUGGUGAUAGCGAAACGUGUACAGUUAUUAUAGUGCAUUUUAAGCACAAUAUUGUUUAGAAAAAAAAUGAAAAUAAAGUAAAAAUCAAAGAGGGUUCGUUUCGUAUACAAUUCUUUUUGGUCUUAAUAAUGUCUUUAUUAUUUGAACCAUCAUUAGGUAGACUAGAUACUUUGAAUUUGCUUUUCAAUUUACCGCUAUAGCAAACAAACGAUAAAAUAAAAUACAAUAAAAAAAUUAAAGGAGCUGAGCAAGGACCAUGAUAUUAUCUGCGUUUUGCUAAUCGACUAUAAAAAAAAAUCAAAGGCCAAUUCUGGUAAUGUACUUCUUGUUUACGAUGCCGACCCGUACUUGGCCGGUUUUUAAGUGUUUCUGUUUUUAUGACUAUUCCGAGAUCUGUUCAUGAGCAAACGUCUGAACCUCGUCUGAACUAUGUGUUGUGGAGUGAGUUAGCACAAUGGUGGCGGGCGACGUGACGCGGCGCGCCUCCAUCACCGCACCCUCCAUGCACAGGCGGCCCUCGGCGCGACGAGGCUCUCUGAUUAAAAACCAACAGUCGCAGUCACAGGAGGUGCCGUGGGACAUAAUCGACCGCUGCGCGCUGCCGAUAGUGCUGUGCCACGCGCUGGCAGUGGUGUUGUCAACCCUGCUGAAUGCUUUACAUCUCAGCCAUGUGUCCGUCUUCACACUGUUCCUCUGGUUCUCCAUAUCAGUCGUCGGUUCUCUAUGGUUCUACCACAACCUUCAGGUGACAGCGGCGGGGAAAGCUGUGCUGGUGACGGGGUGCGACAAUGUGCUGGGGAAUGCCCUGGCACGGCGGCUUGACGAUAUGGGUUACCAUGUGUUCGCCGGCUUCCAAACUAAGGCUGGCAACAUUGAUGCCGACAUGUUGAAGGAAGAUUGCUCGGGAAGGCUGCACACGUUGCAGCUCGACGUCACUUCUGAAACACAAAUUCUGGCAGCAUCGCUUUAUAUCGUGGACCACUUGCCAGAGGGCGCGCAAGGACUAUGGGCUAUCGUCAACUGUGAAUCGUGGUGUGCACUCGGCGAAUUAGAAUGGGUGCCUUUCUCCGUAUUUAAGCGAGCCACGGAUGUCAACCUUUUGGGACCAGCACGUUUAGUGCAAGUGAUGCUACCGCUAGUGAGGCGCGCGCGCGGACGCAUCGUACUGACGUCAUCAAUUCUGACGCACGUGGCCGCUCCGGUGCGUGGCGUGCACGCAGCCUCGCUGGCCGCCCUUGACGCCAUGGCGUCAUGCUUACGCCGCGAACUGAAGCCCAGAGGUGUUGAUGUGGUGGUAGUGGCAGCUGGCGAAUACACAACCGGCAGCGCCUGGCUUUCCGAGGAGAAACUUCUAGAACAAGCGCGCGACAUGUGGAAGAGGCUCAGCGACGAACAAAAGGGCGCCUACGGUGAAGACUACUUCGAAAAAGCACUCCGCAGUCUCGAGAAAUACACCAAAAGCGCUGAUGCGGACCUCACGGCGGUGACACGGUCGCUGAGCGACGGCGUGACGCGCACCUUCCCGCUGACCCGCUACACGCCCGUCUCCCCGCGCGAAAAGCUCAAGUCUCUACUCGCCGAGCACCUGCCCCGCUCCUUGUACGAAGGGCUUUACAGCGACUAGACAACCCAAACCGAGUUACCUACCGCCCACAUAGCAAUCUACAAACCAUGUACACCAAAUA